AUGGCUCGUCAUCUUUUGCGUGUUCCAACCGCUAUUGUAUUUGCUUUAUUAGUUUUUUUAUUAGGAGUACAAGGAACUCAUCGGCGGAAAAGAAGCUUAUCAGAUGUGAAGUGUCAUGAAAACGGAAGAUUUUAUAGGAAUCCAGACCGGCCAGAAAACACUAUAUGGACUAUCGAUGAGUGUGCCAAAUAUUAUCUUUGUUUGGAUGGGGAUGUCUUCGAGUUCCAUUGCUCGGCGAGUUUACUAUUCGAUGUUAACAGACAGUUGUGUGACAUGCAACAGAAUGUUCACAACUGCGAUCUCACUACAGAAACGCGCAUCCCAAAGCCACUGUUAGACGCAGCAGACUGUGCCAAUGACACACAUAUUGGCUGUUCAGACGGUACCUGUGUUCCAUCUGAAUACUUUUGCGAUGGCUCCAUUGACUGUCAAGAUGCUUCAGAUGAGGGCUGGUGUGAUGUUAACUAUGACCCGAAUGCAGCAGAACCUUGCGAUGUAAACAUGUGCCAAUUGCCUAACUGCUUUUGCUCGAAGGAUGGCACUGAAAUACCGGGCAACCUUGUAUCUAGUCAGACGCCACAAAUGAUAACCCUUACAUUUGAUGGCCCCGUGAACCACGAGAAUUGGGAGGUUUAUACAAAACAUCUAUUUACUUCAGACAUUAAAAACCCUAACGGUUGUCCUAUUAAGGCAACUUUCUUCAUUUCACAUCCGUAUACAAAUUACAGACAAGUACAAAAGUUAUGGAAUGACGGACAUGAGAUAGCAGUAAAUUCAAUAACCCGCCGCGGACCGGAAGACUGGUGGUCCAAAAACGCAACCGUGGAAGAUUGGUUUGACGAAAUGGUUGGUCAAGCGAAUGUGAUAAACAGAUUCGGUAGAGUUCGCAUGGAAGAUUUCAGAGGACUACGGGUUCCUUUUCUUUCAGUGGGAUGGAAUCGUCAGUUUCUGAUGAUGCAGGAAUUCGGAUUUGUGUACGAUGCAACAGUGGUAGCGCCGUUGUCGGACCCUCCAUACUGGCCUUACACUCUUGACUAUAAAAUGCCUCACAAAUGUAAAGGCAAUAACCAAUACUGUCCAACAAGAAGUUACGCUGGCUUAUGGGAGAUAGUUAUCAAUCCACUCUUUAACGGCCAAUACACUUGCGCUACCUUGGAAUACUGUCCGUCGACUGCUACUGGCGAAGAUGUCUACAAUAUUCUAUUGAACAAUUUCAAGAGACAUUACCUGACAAAUAGAGCUCCAUUCGGUAUACACCUAAAUUCGACUUGGUUCAAGAAUAAUGAUUAUUUGCAGGCUUUUAAGAAAUUCUACAAUGAAAUAUCAAAACUACCAGAUGUAUACUUUGUAACUUACAAACAACUGAUUGACUGGAUAAGAAGACCAACUCCUGUUCUACAACUGAAAAAAUUCCAACCAUGGCAAUGUAAAGAACGUGUUUUCGAAGAAGCAGAGAUUGCAUGUUUUAAACCAAAGACAUGCAAGUUACAGUCGAAAGUAUUGGAGCAUGAUAACUACAUGAUCACAUGUAGUGACUGUCCAAGGACAUAUCCAUGGAUUAGAAAUGAAUUUGGUUUUGAUUAA